AAUUCCAAUCUUGUGCUGCAAGCUGAUGUGCGGCUUAUUGAACGGCCACGUCGCGAUGAGGCUACCGGAGAAGUUGUAUCGCUGGUCGGUAAGUUGGAAGGCACACGCAUGGGCGAUCGCUAUCAACGCACAAAGCCCGAAAAAAUGGAAGAACGCAAAGCCAAACGUCAGAAGCGAGAUGAGGCGCAAUAUGAUUUCGAACGCAUGAAAGGCGCCACAUUACUGUCCGAAGGUAUUGAUGAAAUGGUGGGAAUUGUGUACCGACCAAAAACACAGGAAACGCGCCAGACAUAUGAGGUCUUAUUAAGUUUCAUACAAGAAGCUCUGGGCGAUCAGCCGCGUGAUAUUUUGUGUGGUGCGGCCGAUGAAAUUUUGGCAGUAUUAAAGAAUGAUAAGCUAAAAGACCGUGAACGCAAACGUGAAAUCGAUAGCUUGUUAGGUUCAGUAACCGAUGAGCGUUUCGCUUUAUUAGUCAAUCUGGGUAAGAAAAUCACAGACUUUGGUUCGGACGCCGUGAACGCUCUAAAUAUCGCUAGCAACGAAGAGCAAAUUGAUGAGACUUAUGGCAUAAAUGUGCAAUUUGAGGAAUCCGAAGAAGAAAGUGAUAACGAUAUGCAUGGUGAAAUACGUGACGAAGAUGGACAAGAAGAGGGCGAGGAAGCACGCAUCGACCAUACAUUGCAYGCAGAAAAUUUACUCACGGAGGAGGCUGCGAAUGUGAAGAAAGAACGUGGUUUGCAUCCACUUGACAUUGAUGCAUACUGGCUACAGCGUUGUCUGAGUAAAUAUUACAAGGACGCCAUGGUAUCRCAAAGCAAAUCGGCCGAUGUGUUAAAAAUUCUCAAAGAUGCUGCUGACGAAAGAGACUGUGAAAAUCAACUCGUACUCUUAUUAGGCUAUGACUGUUUCGACUUCAUAAAGCAACUGAAAAACAAUCGACAAAUGAUCUUGUAUUGCACAAUGUUGGCCUCGGCGCAAACAGAUAGCGAACGUCAGCGUAUACGUGAAAAGAUGCGCAAUGAUAACCAUUUAGCUAAGAUAUUACGCCAGUUGGAUACUGGCAAGUCGGAAGAAGAUGACUAUGGCAAUUCAUCGCGCGCAAAUAAACGCGGAAAAGAGGAGAAUGAUGACUCGGGGCAAGGCACGGCUGGUCAGGUGGCAGGUGUGCGACAGGUUCUCGAGUUGGAAGAGCUAGCAUUUACACAGGGCUCACACUUUAUGGCAAAUAAAAGAUGUCAACUGCCGGACGGUUCGUUCCGCAAGCAACGCAAAGGCUACGAAGAAGUGCAUGUGCCCGCAUUAAAGCAAGUACCAUUCGAGGACAAAGAAGAACUGCAGCCCAUUGACAAACUACCAAAGUACGUGCAGCCGGUUUUUGAAGGCUUUAAAACACUUAAUCGCAUACAAAGCCGUUUGUGGAAGGCCGCACUUGACAGCGAUGAGAAUAUGUUGCUGUGUGCGCCCACCGGUGCCGGUAAAACAAACGUUGCUUUGCUGACGAUGAUGCGCGAAAUCGGCAAGCACAUCAAUGAUGAUGGCACAAUCAAUGUGGAUGAAUUUAAGAUCAUCUAUGUGGCGCCUAUGAAGUCGUUGGUACAGGAAAUGGUGGGCAACUUUGGCCGUCGCUUAGCUUGUUAUAAUUUGACCGUAUCCGAGUUAACUGGAGAUCAUCAAUUGACGCGCGAGCAAAUCGCCGCCACUCAAGUAAUCGUGUGCACUCCCGAGAAAUGGGAUAUUAUUACACGUAAGGGUGGAGAAAAGACAUUUACUAGYCUGGUGCGUCUAGUCAUCAUCGAUGAAAUUCACUUGUUGCAUGAUGAGCGCGGUCCAGUGCUGGAAGCACUUGUGGCACGUACCAUACGCAACAUUGAGACCACACAGGAGGAUGUGCGMUUGGUCGGUUUGUCCGCCACGCUACCUAACUAUCAGGAUGUGGCAACAUUUCUGCGCGUGAAACCCGAUAAGGGUUUGUUCUAUUUCGAUAAUAGCUUCCGGCCAGUGGCUUUGGAGCAGCAAUACAUCGGUGUUACGGAAAAGAAGGCGUUGAAGCGCUUCCAAGUCAUGAACGAGAUCGUUUACGAGAAGACAAUGGAGCACGCAGGACGCAAUCAAGUGCUUGUCUUUGUGCACUCACGCAAAGAGACCGGUAAGACGGCGCGCGCCGUACGUGAUAUGUGUCUGGAGAAGGAUACACUCGGCAGCUUUCUGCGUGAGGGCUCAGCCAGCAUGGAAGUGUUGCGCACUGAAGCGGAGCAGGUGAAGAAUACAGAAUUGAAAGAGUUGCUGCCCUACGGGUUCGCUAUACAUCACGCCGGCAUGACGCGUGUCGAUCGUACAUUGGUGGAGGAUCUCUUCGCCGAUCGUCAUAUACAGGUUUUGGUGUCCACAGCUACUCUUGCCUGGGGUGUCAAUUUACCGGCACACACCGUUAUCAUCAAGGGCACACAAGUUUACAAUCCGGAAAAGGGUCGUUGGGUAGAAUUGAGCGCACUGGACGUACUCCAGAUGUUGGGUCGUGCCGGUCGCCCACAAUACGAUACCAAAGGCGAGGGUAUACUCAUCACAAAUCACAGCGAAUUGCAAUUCUACCUUUCGUUGUUGAAUCAGCAACUGCCCAUMGAGUCACAAUUCAUUUCCAAAAUGCCAGACAUGCUGAAUGCUGAAAUCGUGCUGGGCACAGUGCAAAAUCUGAAAGAYGCCGUACAUUGGCUGGGCUAUACCUAUCUCUAUAUACGCAUGCUGCGUAAUCCCACGCUGUAUGGCAUCUCACACGAUGCCAUACGCGAUGAUUCGUUGCUGGAGCAGCAUCGUGCGGAUCUUAUACACACCGCCGCUUUACAUUUAGAUCGCAGCGGUCUCGUGAAGUACGAUCGCAAGAGCGGCCAAUUCCAAGUGACCGAGUUGGGUCGCAUAGCGUCGCAUUACUAUUGCACGCACGAAACUAUGAUGACAUAUAAUCAAUUGUUGAAGCAAACGCUCAGUGAGAUCGAGUUAUUCCGCGUCUUUUCACUCUCUUCGGAGUUCAAACACAUUGCUGURCGCGAAGAGGAGAAGCUGGAAUUGCAAAAACUUAUGGAACGUGUACCCAUACCGAUAAAAGAGUCCAUGGAGGAGCAUAGCGCCAAAGUGAAUGUGUUGUUGCAAGCAUAUAUAUCGCAAUUAAAACUGGAAGGAUUCGCUUUAAUGUCCGAUAUGGUAUUCAUAACGCAGUCGGCGUCRCGUUUAAUGCGCGCCAUCUUCGAAAUUGUACUCUAUCGCGGCUGGGCGCAGUUGGCYGACAAGACGUUGACGCUCUGUAAGAUGAUUGAUCGCCGUAUGUGGCAGUCUAUGACGCCACUGCGACAAUUCAAGAAGAUGCCGGAUGAGAUAGCUAAGAAAUUGGAGAAGAAGAACUUCCCAUGGGAACGUCUGUACGAUCUGGAGCCCAAUGAGAUUGGCGAGUUGAUACGCGUGCCAAAGCUGGGCAAGACCAUACAUAAAUUUGUCCACCAAUUUCCAAAGUUGGAGCUAUCCACACACAUACAGCCUAUAACGCGUGCCACGCUGCGCGUCGAGCUCACGAUCACACCCGAUUUCCAAUGGGAUGAGAAGGUGCAUGGUUUAUCCGAAGGCUUUUGGAUACUUAUUGAGGAUGUUGACUCCGAAGUAAUUUUGCAUCAUGAAUUCUUUCUGCUGAAGGAGAAAUAUGCUUUAGAUGAGCAUCAAAUCAAGUUCUUUGUGCCAGUCUUCGAACCGUUGCCACCGCAAUAUUUCUUGCGUAUAGUCUCAGAUCGUUGGAUCGGUUCGGAAACACAAUUGCCGGUCUCUUUUAGACAUUUAAUAUUGCCCGAGAAAAAUAUGCCACCAACAGAGCUGCUUGAUUUGCAACCGUUGCCCAUUUCCGCGCUACGMAAACCGAAAUUUGAGGAAUUCUAUGCCGAACGUUUCCCACAAUUCAAUCCCAUACAAACGCAGGUUUUCAACGCCGUCUAUAAUAGUGACGACAAUGUAUUCGUGGGCGCACCCACGGGAUCCGGUAAAAUGACCAUAGCCGAAUUCGCCAUAAUGCGUUUGUUUUCACAGCAAGCCGAAGGUCGUUGCGUCUACUUGGUGUCGAAGGAAGCUCUGGCCGAUCUUGUAUUUGCCGAUUGGCAUGCUAAGUUCGGCGGUCUCUCACUCAAAGUAGUCAAGUUGACCGGUGAAACUGGUACCGAUUUGAAACUGCUAGCCAAAGGUCAGAUUAUUGUUACCACCGCCGACAAGUGGGAUGUGUUGUCGCGCCGUUGGAAGCAGCGCAAAAACGUGCAGGCRGUCAAUCUCUUUAUAGUCGAUGAAUUGCAAUUGGUUGGUGGCGAAGACGGUCCCGUUUUGGAAGUCGUGUGUUCGCGCAUGCGCUACAUUUCGUCUCAAAUUGAGAAACAGAUUCGCAUCGUCGCGCUCUCCUCCUCGUUAGCCGAUGCGCGUGAUGUCGCACAAUGGCUCGGCUGCAACGCCAACGCYACAUUUAAUUUCCACCCGAGUGUGCGUCCCAUACCAUUAGAGUUGCACAUUCAAGGCUACAGCAUUACACACAACGCAACGCGCAUUGCUUCCAUGUCGAAGCCCGUAUACAACGCGAUCAUCAAAUACAGUCCACACAAGCCGGUUAUCGUAUUUGUUUCAUCGCGCAAGCAAGCGCGUCUCACGGCAAUUGAUAUACUUACGUACAGCGCUUCGGAUAUGCAGCCGAAUCGUUUCUUCCAUGCCGAAGAAGAGGACAUCAAACCGUUCCUCGAUCGUAUGUCCGAUAAAACGUUGAAAGAGACACUAUCGCAGGGCGUUGCGUACAUACAUGAGGGUCUUACGGCCUCCGAUCAUCGCCUGGUUGAGCAGCUCUUCGACUCCGGCGCUGUGCAGGUGGCAGUUGUGGCACGCGAUCUCUGCUGGGGCAUGAGCAUUUCGGCGCAUUUGGUCAUAAUUAUGGACACACAAUUCUACAAUGGCAAGAAUCAUUCCUAUGAAGACUACCCCAUAACUGAUGUGCUGCAAAUGAUUGGACGUGCUAAUCGUCCCAUUGAAGACGCGGAYGCUAAGUGUGUACUGAUGUGUCAAUCAUCCAAGAAGGAUUUCUUCAAGAAAUUCAUCAAUGAACCGUUACCGAUCGAGAGUCACUUGGACCACCGUCUACACGAUCACUUCAACGUGGAGGUGGUCACRAAAACCAUCGAGAACAAACAGGAUGCGGUCGAUUAUCUCACUUGGACGUUCUUAUACAGGCGUCUCACACAAAAUCCCAACUAUUACAACUUACAGGGGGUUACACAUCGUCAUCUCUCUGAUCACUUGUCCGAGUUGGUCGAAAAUACACUCUCCGACCUAGAGCAAUCUAAGUGUAUUAGUAUUGAGGACGAUAUGGACACGCUACCGUUGAAUUUGGGCAUGAUCGCCGCUUAUUACUACAUUAACUACACAACAAUCGAACUCUUCAGUUUGUCAUUGAAUAGCAAAACUAAAGUUAGAGGUUUGCUCGAGAUCAUCUCAUCGGCAGCAGAGUAUGAGGACAUUGUGGUGCGCCAUCACGAAGAAAAUAUCCUGCGCACACUCUCUCAACGCUUGCCAAACAAAUUGACUGGUCCAAACGAUUCGGCACCAAAAUUCAAUGAUCCGCAUAUUAAAACCAAUUUGUUGUUGCAAGCGCAUUUAUCACGCCUACAGUUGGGCCCCGAACUACRGGGUGACACAGAACUAAUUUUGAGCAAAGCUAUACGCCUCAUACAGGCCUGUGUGGAYGUGCUCAGUUCAAAUGGUUGGCUCUCGCCGGCUGUGGCUGCCAUGGAGUUGGCGCAAAUGGUGACGCAAGCCAUGUGGAGCAAGGACUCGUAUUUGAAACAGUUGCCGCACUUUACGGCCGACAUCAUCAAGCGUUGCACAGAAAAGAAAAUCGAAACUGUUUUUGACAUUAUGGAGUUGGAGGAUGAUGACCGCACGCGACUGCUGCAAUUGACUGACGCACAAAUGGCCGACGUGGCACGUUUCUGUAACCGUUAUCCAAACAUCGAAAUGAACUUCGAAGUGGUGGAUAAAGAUCGCAUCAAUUCCGGCUCCACGGUGAAUGUGAUUGUGCAACUGGAGCGUGAAGACGAAGUUACUGGGCCAGUUAUUGCACCAUUCUUUCCACAGAAACGCGAGGAAGGCUGGUGGGUGGUCAUUGGUGAUCCAAAAACCAACUCAUUGCUGUCCAUUAAACGUCUGACGCUGCAGCAAAAGGCAAAAAUAAAGUUAGAUUUUGUGGCGCCCAGCCCCGGCCGACACGAGUACACGCUGUACUAUAUGAGCGAUUCAUAUUUGGGCUGCGAUCAGGAGUACAAGUUCUCCAUUGAGGUUGGCGAUUUUCAGUCGGAAAGUGAAAGCGAAUCGGAAUAAACGAUUAAUAAUCGGUCUGCAAUUAGUCUUAGUUCCAUGUUUUUCGUAGAUUUCUGCAUAAAUUUACAUUUUGAAGUGUGCGCGUGUUGGUAAUAAAGAAAGACAAAUAAACCAA